AUGGAGGUCAUAAGUGUGAAGCUGACCACUGGAGAUGUCCAUCGUCGUUUCAAAAUACGGGGCAGUGAUAUGAAUGAGCUCUUCAAUGACUUGACGGAGAACCUUACUCAAAUCUCUCAAGUAGGGGGAGAGUUCGACGUCGCGUGGCAAGACGAAGAUGGCGACAACAUUGUAAUCACUCGCCCCGUGGAAUUGGGAGAGGCUAUCGAAGCACGCAAAGAUGCCACUCUUAGACUUCAUUCAGUUGACAAGAAGGUUGUGAAGGUUGAAGCGAAGCCUGAUAGCAACACACCACAGCAAACCAACGAACAAAACACUGCACCUUCAGGGGCUUCGAACGAGGUUGUUCACAAGGAUGUGCUAUGCGAUGUUUGCGAUGCUGUGAUAAUUGGGACUCGAUUCAGAUGCCUCCUCUGUCUUGACUAUGAUUUGUGUCAGAACUGUGAAAAAACUGGGGUUCAUGCUCACCAUGGCAUGAUUCGCAUUGUGGAUCCCUUGCGCACAUUCGUGCCAUGGGGUGCUCGCCUUAAGUAUAUGCCAUUGGGUCGUCAUGGUCGUCACCGUCAUGGUCCAGGAAUAGGUGCAGUGUUUCCUGAUGCUAAUACACGGCAGCGCGUACAUUUGGCAAAAGAACACAUUACUGAACAAGUUGCUAGGAGUAUGCAGUAUUUACAGGACAUGGGGCAAGCUGUGACCGCUGCUCUCGCGAAUUUCGGAAUUGAUGCAAGCUACGAGGUUCGAGGUGACGACAAGAAAGAGCCAACUGCGGAUGACAAGUCAAAAGCGGAGGAACAAAGCCAACCUUCCGAUGAACAACCCAAAGCAGAAAAUGUGGAGACAGUGCCAAAUGAAACAGUUCCUUCAGCUCCGACUGCUCUACCUGUUGCACCUAAAUUCGACAACCUACAAAAAGCUGAAACCGAGUACUGUCAGGCAGCUGAGGAGGCCAAGGAAGUGAACGAUAUAAAAGAGGAUAAGCAAGAGAAAGUUGAAAAUGGGCAGCUUCAACCUGUCAAAGCUCCUUGCGAGAAAUUUCGCCAACUAGAAGAAGCUGAAAUGGAGUACGGGAAGGUCAUGAAGGAUUGUGAAGGUGAAGCCAAGGAGAGCAGUGAAGCCAAGGAAACAAACCUACCUAACGAAGCGAUAGAAUGUAGAUGCUUUGUUUCUCGUGUCGGGCGCUGGAAAUGUCCUGCGUGCUGCAAAAAGGAAAGAAGUCUGAAAAGACCAGGACACAAGCAAUCUUAUUCAAAGGCCGUCAGUGAAGCAAUGGCUAAUUCAAGAAAAGAGUCAUCACUUGCAAAACUUCAGGACUCGGAUAAAUCUAGCAGCGAAUCUAGCGAUGACGACUUCGAGACGCUAUCACAUGAAAGCUUCCAGGAAUGCUCUGGCAAAGUUUCUUCGGAUACAAAAGUGAGAAAAUCAUCAUUGAAGACAGAUACGGCGAAUCGUGGUGAAACAAGCAAUGCUGGUCAAGAGACCUCUAUUCUGUACCCGACGCUCUCUUCCGCCCCAAACGCUGACACUGACGAGAAUGAUGGUGUGGAGGAUCAAGGAAUCGCAUUCCGUUUGAUUGAAAUGGGCUUUUCGGCAGAAGAGGUGUUCCGCGUGGUGAGAAUGCAUGGCAACAACUUUGAGAAAUGCAUUGAGGAAAUUCUGAUGAAGUAA